AUGGACAUCAAGCAAUUGGAGAGAUAAGUGAGAGAAAUCACUGAAUUAUAAGAUUCCAUUAAAUGUAUGACUAAACAUUUACUUAAUUUUUUUAGAAACAUCGACUUAUUGUUCUACCUUCCCAGAACACAGUGGCAUGGUUGCCUUCAUUAUUGAAAAUGAGUUUAUUAGUGCUCGAAAAGAGAGAAAGAAACUCUAUUUGUUUCUCAUUCAUUAGAUCAUCCUUGAUGAAAAACAUGCUAAAAGGAUGGACCAUCCCUAUGUAAAGUGUUUUGGCUAGAAGUUGAAGAAGCUAAUUAUGGAUUUUGCAUAGUAUUGAGUUAAUUUUAGCUUAGUUAAGUGGAUGAGAUUGAUGAUCUUGAGAAAGCAUAUGCUGUCAUUAGAAGAUGGGAAAAGGAUUUAAUUUACCAUCCAAUAUUUUUGGAUAAGUUGAGAAGCAUUCUUUAACCAAAAUAUGAUCAAUUGAAGUAUUAGCAAAUGAUUGUUAAUUAAAUAACUUAGAAUGAAUUAGCAAGCAAUAAAAUUCUAGUUCAAAAUUUAUAAAUUAUUUAAUAAUUUGAUUCAACAUACAAAUUAUACCUGCAUUUGAAGUCAUUAAGAGAUAUUGAUGACAAAUGUUUAGAUUUCAAUACAAACUUUGAUAAGUACAUGAUGAAAUAUGAACUCGAAAAAAUUGAAGACUAUGAAAUGAUAGAUGAUCUGUUAGAAUAAGGAGAAACAUCUAAAACCUAUUUAUCUGAAGUAAACAAUCUUAAUAUUUAGAAUAUCUGUUCCACUUAAAAUCAUUACUUGGAUCUAGCCAGAUUAGGAGAGCAACUGAUUAAGGAGGAUAUUGAAAAAAAAGAUAAUAAAAUUGAAUAUUAUAAAUCAAAAAGGCCAAUUUAAUGA